CAAAUGUGUCCCAACAACAGUUACGGGAGCGAAAUAGCUCCCAAGAUGCAUUUUGGUUCUGUACUGCGUGUUCCACCAUCCCCCUCGUUAAGUGCUUGCUUAUCCUAGCUGAGAAAUGCGACCGGUUAACCGCAGAAGCAGAGCAGAGGAUAAACAAUAAGAUUACUUCAAUGGAAGCGAGUAUGCACCACAGAAGCGUAGCGGCUUCUAAGCAACGGAAUGCUGAACAAUCCACUUCCCCUGAACCGCACUCAGCCACCUCUCCAUCUCCGUUGUCUUCUCCAACUUUGGUAGAACGCCGGGCGAAAACAGACUGUACCUACGAGAAUCAAACAGUACUCACGGCAACGAAAAUCAGGCACCAUUCAAAACGUCUGGUUAAGCAAAUUCCUCUAGACCUGACAUCUAGCAUUAACAAGGAUGAAGCAGCCAAACACCAACCCUUGGUACCUGUAGCUCAAAUAUCUCUUGUCGAGACUAAGCCUCCCAGAACAUCGGUUACAUAUGCAGAGAUUGCUGCAAGGGUCCACCGAGAGGCCGCCGUUGCGUCCUCUUCCACUGUAAACACCGUUAACGCGAAUAGAGAGAAAAACAGCAAACAAUCACUUGUCAACAAGUCAGGACAAAUGAGUACCAUACCUUGUAGAUCGACGAAAAAGGGAUCCAACAACAGUGCCCGGACUGUUGUAUGCUCAAAUGUCCCUGAAUCUACCGCCAUCACAUUGCGGGAUAAGUUAUCAGACGACCAAGACCAAUGGAACUCAUUGUGCAUGCAGAUGAGUAUCAAAGCCAAGCCCAUAAACUUGUUACGAAUUACUCGUCAUCCGAACUCGCCACACUAUGGCGAACCCAGACUUAUUCGAGUAACUCUAGAAUCCUCCACCGACGUAGAAAACGUUUUGCUCUCCGCAAGCGCACUAAAACACGAAUCCUGUGGGAUACGUAUCUAUCCUGAUGUCCCUUGGAGCGCGCGACAACCAAAACGAAACACCGAAGAGGGGCACAGCAAGCAAGACCGCCUAAACACAAUCUUCAUACAUGGCGUGCCAGAACAUCCUUCUAACGAUGUUCAAGAGACCGGAAAGCACGAUUUAGAACAGUGGCGGUUCAUUCGUGAAACACUUUCUUUGGAUAAUGUUGUGGCACUAUCGCUCACCAGGAUACCUCUCUCACCAAAUUAUAGAGGAUGCGGCCCUAGAAUCCUAAAAAUUGUGGUUCAGUCAGAGCAACAAGCAAAGGAUGUUUUGGAUCGAUGGCGGAGAAAUCGGAAACAUCUUCCUUCCGAAAUUCGGUUAAAGGUCGCAAAACUUUGCACAGCUCAAAUAUUAAAGCAACUGAAGCAGCAAGCAUACCGACGAAUGUACAGAAGCGGUCUUUCUAACAAACUGGCUGAACUGAAAGAUCGCCAAGCUUCCGGCUCGUAUGAUAUCAUUGGUAUCACCGAGACAUGGUUGCACACGGGAAUGACGGACGCUGAAGUUUCGCUACCCGGCAUGUCGCUGAUCCGGAACGACAGGCUCACAAAAGGAGGAGGGGUAAUCCUGUAUUACCGAAACGACUUACAGUGCGAAGCCGUGGAGGAUUCAGACUCGCAGUUCCCCGACUCUCUUUGGUGCCGGUUGCAGUUAAAAGGCAGGGACGCUUGCCUUAUUGUCUUGGUGUACCGCGCCCCUAACUCAACACCCGAAACCGACUACCACCUAGCGACUGCUUUAAGGUGCAGUUUACAACAAAAGUACACUCACAUUCUUAUCAUGGGUGAUUUCAACGUACAUUGUUUAGAAGCCCCUGCCACGAUCGGAGAACAAUUCAAAACCGAUCUACAAGAUCUAGUAACUACUGUUCCUCUUUACAAUCACAUCACUUUGCCCACUCGGUUCAGAACUGGUAACAAGCCAUCUGUGCUGGAUCUUGUGCUUACCAACGAGGAGCAUAUGAUUGAUGCGUUGGUUUUAGACUGCCCGUUGGGUCGCAGUGAUCACGCAGUCAUCAGUUUCAACUUCGUCUGCUACGCAGAAUAUCUGAAUGAUAACGAUGAGACUGUGCGAACCAUCACAAGGUACGACCGACUCGCCCAGCUAGUCAGCGCCACAACAUGGUCUUUCCUCGAAGAAGAACCCCCGGAAGUCGCCUGGCUCGAGUUCGUCAGAAAAUUCAGUCAGCUGAUUGCACAGGCUUCAGAGAUAAAAGCUUGCAAUAAGUGCAAAUCAGUUUCUUUCGUUAGGAGCAGAACUCGAAAAUGGAUGACAGUACGCAACGCAGCAUGGCGAGUGUACAGAGAAGCUCCAGCACCAGAAACUUGGGACAACUACGUAGCCCAACGUAACCACUGCACUCAACUGUUAAGAGAAGACAAAGCCGCCUAUCAGCAGAACAUCGCAAAAACCUUCAGUGCUAACCACAAACUGCUGUACAAGCACGUUAAUAGCCUACGAAAGGUGAGGCAAGGAUUUCCUCUACUCAGGACGGCUGAUGGCCCAACAAGAACGGCUGUGGAAGCAGCAAACGCGCUGCAGAUGCAAUACGCCCCCACGUUUCGAAGAGUCUUGCCACCAAGCGAUCUACCAAGCUUUGUCUUCUGCUCGCCAGGACUAACCCACAUCACUUUUACCGCAGAGGCUGUAUUGCAAAAGCUGACUUCUCUACGCAAACACAGCUCGCCGGUUGUCGACACCAUUCGUCCAGAGGCAUUGGGAGCAGCAGCAAGCCAACUGGCAGGACCUUUAGCUCAGUUUUUCCAGCGCUGCUUAGACCAGAACCAAGUUCCCGCCAUGUGGAAGCUUGGAAUAAUAACCCCGAUUCACAAAGGUGGAAGCAGAACUGAUCCCUCCAACUACCGCCCAGUAACCCUUCUUCCUAUACUCUCCAAGGUCAUGGAAUCCAUAGUUGCCGAUGCACUGGUGUGCUAUCUGGAAAACUGCAACCUCAUCACUCCUGAACAGCACGGUUUCCGUCGACAGCGGUCAUGUACAACGAAUUUACUAAUUGCACGCAGUAGUUGGACCGAGGCAGCUGACGCUGGAGAAGGUGUUGAUGUGAUCUACCUGGAUUUUUCCAAGGCUUUCGAUCGUCUAGACCAUCGGAUACUACUAUCCAAGCUGCAGCAUUACGGGAUCGGCGACCCUCUUUUAAGCUGGAUCGCCAACUUUCUACUUCAACGGCAAUUAGUGGUCAGAGUUCGGAGCUCUUUAUCGGACCCCAUACAAGUCGAGUGUGGUGUGCCGCAAGGCUCAGUUCUAGGUUCACGGAAUCGCUUCAAACUUCCUAAUGUUUGCCGACGAUAUCAAGAUCUGGCGCAGGAUCCAGGCGAACGCCGACCAACAUGUGCUUCAGAGUGA